ACAUUGGUAUCGACUAUCGAAAGAAUAAGAAUUACACGAUCAAACGGAAAUUCUCAUGUGUGGUUUCAGAUUUUGAACAUUGAUAAAAAAAUUUAGCAAAAACUAAAAAUUAAAAUCAGUUUUUAUUACUAAUAGUUCAAUUAUAACUUGUCAAUUCUCAAAAUGACGUUGUGAAAAGUAGAGAGGUUUUGUGUUGUUACUGUUUUCUACUAAACUAACCUUGAAUUUUCUAAACUUGAAACUACAAUUAUUAUGAUUAAAAUUUAUUAAUACUUGAAGUUAAUGAAGGAUUCUCAUUGCUGUAAACUUGGAUGAGAAUAGCUCCAUCUAUUACUAUUCUAAAACAGCUUAUUAUUCAAAAACUUGACAUAAACAUAACCUCAAAAUCUUUGAGGUUAUGCUACAUACUUAGCGACAGCAUAGAUAGGCUUUAAUAAUUUGUAGAGAGAUUAAACUGUACUUAUCUUCCAAAUACAUGACAUAACCUCUAAAUUUUCAAGCUUAGCCUACACAAACUUUGAGUUAUUAAUAGUACCUAUUUAUCAAUAUUUUGUUGAACGUUUGACUCAAUAUGAGGCUAGUAAAUAUAGAAAAAUUGCAGGAUUUGCAAAAAAAUCCUGCAAAUAUCAGAAACAUUUGUAUAAUGGCUCAUGUCGAUCAUGGUAAAACUACGCUAGCUGAUUCUCUAGUAGCUAGCAAUGGUAUAAUAUCUGCUAGAAUGGCUGGGAAACUAAGGUACAUGGACAGCCGUAAAGAUGAACAAGAAAGAGGUAUUACCAUGAAAAGCAGCUGCAUAGCCUUGUAUUAUAAUAGAGGUGGUUCGGAGUACCUGGUAGAUCUCAUAGACUCUCCGGGUCAUGUGGAUUUCUCAUCAGAAGUGUCUACUGCCGUGAGACUAUGCGAUGGGGCCGUGGUGUUGGUAGACGUGGUAGAGGGAGUAUGUCCACAAACACAGGGUGCCUUGAGGCAAGUGUGGUCUGAGAGUAUAAAGCCAGUCCUUGUUUUGAAUAAGGUCGAUCGCCUAAUAAUGGAAAUGAAACUUUCACCUCUAGAUGCCUAUAUUCAUCUAACUCAAGUUUUGGAACAGGUGAAUGCUAUAGUCGGAGAACUUUUCAAAACUGAGGUUAUGCGUAAAGCAGAGAUUGAUGGAACAAAAUUGGAGGAGGAGAAGAAGAAUGAUGAAGGAGGAGGAGGAGGAGGAGAGAAUGAGGAGGAGAGGAGGAGAGUGUACGAUUGGGGAGACGGUCUAGAGGAGGCAGAUGACUCGGAUGUCUAUUUUCAACCAGACAGAGGGAAUGUGGUUUUUGCAAGCGCCAUGGAUGGCUGGGGUUUCAGAGUGGAGGAUUUCGCUAAACUGUAUGCUGUUAAGUUGGGACUUAACGUUGAAACCCUGAGACAGACCCUUUGGGGCGAUUUCUACCUGAAUUCCAAAACUAAGAGAGUCAUGAAAGGUGCCCAAGAAAAGGCCAAGAAACCCCUUUUUGUCCAGUUAGUUUUGGAGAACUUGUGGGCUGUAUAUGAAACUAUAGCUGUCAGGAAGGAUAAAGAGAAAUUGUUGAAAAUGUGCGAAAGUAUGGAUGUGAAAAUGACUAGCAGAGAUUUGAGACACACCGACUCGAAAGUGCAGCUGCAUGCUUUCUGUAGUCAAUGGUUACCCCUAGCCUCUGCUGUUUUGGAUAUGGUCUGCGAGCAACUGCCGUCACCUUUGCAAUUAACAGACGAACGGGUUGAGAGACUAAUGUGUCCAUCUUCGAAAAGCCUCGACAUGUUUCCUCGUGAAACCCAGAUGUUGAAGGAGGCAUUCCUUAAGUGCUCCAGCAGCCCUGAAGCUCCAGUUAUUGUAUUCAUAUCUAAGAUGUUUCCUAUUGAGCGAAAAAGUCUGCCUCAAAAUCGUCCAAAAGCAUUAACUCAAGAAGAGAUUACCUUGAGAAGAGAGCAAGCCAGACUGAAGCAUGCUGAAAUGUUAGAAACUGGUAAGUGUACAGCUACCGAGUCAGUAUCUCCAGCUGUUGAAAAAGACCAGAAUGAGAGCGAAGACGCUUUCAUCGCUUUUGCUCGUGUUUAUAGUGGAUGUCUAACACGGGGCAGUCAAGUGUAUGUUCUUGGACCUAAGCAUGACCCUAGCCAAGCACUUAGAAAGGCCAGACAAGGAUUUGAGAUUGAUCCAAAUUUAACGCUGAAAGAUUUGAGAGGUGGAAACCAUAUAACGAGGGCGACAAUCUCUGAUCUCUAUCUGCUAAUGGGGAGAGAGCUGGAGCAACUAACCGAGGUUCCGGCCGGUAACGUACUAGGCAUAGGGGGCCUAGAAGAUCACCUACUAAAAUCAGCUGCUUUAUCUGAUAGAAUCUCUUGUCCAGCGUUCAGUGGUCUACAGCUUCUAGCCACUCCCAUACUACGUGUAGCAAUAGAGCCACAACGACCCAACGAUCUGGCAACACUGCGACACGGUCUAACACUGCUCAAUCAGGCUGAUGCCUGUGUCAAGGUAAUUGUUCAAGAGACCGGGGAGCAUGUACUUGUAACUGCGGGUGAAGUUCAUUUGGAAAGAUGUCUGGAUGAUUUGAAAGAAAGGUAUGCGAGAGUUCCAAUCAACGUUUCUGAGCCUAUUGUCCCGUUUCGAGAGACCAUUGUGCCUCCACCAAAAGUAGAUAUGGUCAAUGAAGCUAUAAGUACAGAUCACAACGUACUCAUAAAAAAGGAUACAGCUGAAGAAACUAGUGGUGCGUCUACAUCGGAUUCAAAAUCCACUGAUGGAGUUUGGAUUACACUUAGCACACCUAAUCGGCAGUCUAGAGUGCGCAUGCGUGCCAUGCCACUGCCUGAGGCGGUCACAAGGCUGUUAGAUCACUAUAGUGAACUUUUGAAGACUAUGCACCAAUCCAUGAAGGGUGCUGGAUGCGAGCGUAACGCUACAACCGAUCAGCUGAUGUCGGACUUACGGUUGAACGAGGAGGAAGAUGAAGAAGGAGGAGGAGAAGCAGUUGAGGAGGAUGAAGGUGCUACCAAUGUACUGACUGAACGAACAAGACGUGCUAUUGAAGUAAUGAGACAAAAACUAAGGACUUCUUUUGAGAAAGAAGGAGAAGGAGAAUGGAGUAGAGAGUCAGUCGAUCAAAUUUGGAGUUUUGGGCCGAGACAGUGUGGUCCUAAUCUGCUCAUUAAUUGUAUAGAAGGACACACAGCGCGCAACGCGUGGACAUCUACAUCGAAUAGUGGCACAGUUGGCAGCCUGCUAGACUAUGACAGCAGUUUUGUGAAUGGAUUUCAGUUGGCAACACUGGCGGGGCCUCUGUGUGAUGAACCCAUGAUGGGGGUUGCCUUCGUGGUAGACCAGUGGACUGUUGAGAACACCAGUGAGGAUCAAGGUGCUAGUACGCUGCCUUAUGGACCACUGUCUGGGCAAAUAAUGUCUAUGGCUAAAGAAGCAUGCAGGAAGGCGUUUAUGUCCCAACCUCAACGUCUCAUGGUCGCUAUGUACAGAUGUACUAUACAGGUCAACGCCAAUGUCCAAGGCAAACUGUACGGUGUUUUGAACAGACGCCAGGGUAGAGUUUUGGAAAGUGAUCUAGCCCAAGGAUCGAAUAUGUUCAGUGUGGUUGCUUUGCUACCGGUGAUCGAGAGUUUUAAUUUGGCUGCUGAAAUCAGGAAACAGACGUCGGGUCUUGCAUCCACACAACUAGUAUUCAGUCAUUGGCAGGUUUUGGACGUAGAUCCAUUUUGGGAGCCCAGUACUGAGGAGGAAUAUGUGCAUUUUGGUGAGAAGGCCGAUUCAGCAAAUCGCGCCCUCAAAUACGUGGACGCUGUACGUAAACGCAAAGGGCUACCAUUACGUCAACAGGUGGUUGCUAGCGCUGAGAAGCAACGUACGUUAUCUAAGAAUAAAUAGAUUUCUAAUAUUAAUGGAGCAAUCACUGGUGAAUUUUUUUCAAAUGCUAGGAAUAGAAUAGUUGGUUGUACAAUACAAAUCUACUUAUGGGCGGAUUUUGAAACCUCUAGUGAUUUAGGGGAGGGUUUACAUAGAGCAGUUAGAAGAAUUGACUGUCAGAAGGAUUCGAAAUUCUAGAAUCAGGCUCAACUGACACUUACGCGACUCAGGUGGAGAAGAGACUGGACUCUAGUGGAGAGC